UCCUUGUUUAAAAAAGUGAAAACAAAUAAGAUAGCUCUCUAAUUUCUUCUAGCUUUGAUAACUCUCUGUUAUUUAGUUAUUAAAGUUGAAAACCAUCUUUAAAGAGAAUGAAGAUUCUGGUUUGGUUUGUUCUUUCUGGGUUUUUCUUGUUUUGGUGAAAGUUUGAAGAUUAUUACCUUGUUCUAUCUGAGAUCAUCGGAAUUCUCCGACAUGAGUCAUGGCUUUGGUAGUUGCAUUAAUAAAUGACAUUUGCUUUUAUCUGUGCUUCAGAUUUAGUAUAUAACAACUUCAUAACCUUCGAGCUCCCAGCAACUUCGGCUUCUGUCUUAGUUAAUUAAGAACUCUGCAGAAAAUUAAAAUGCCAAGACCAAGAGUUUCAGAGUUGUCCCAGAGGCAAGCUCCGAGGCUGAGGACAUCAUCAUCUACUUCUGACUCGAAUCAUCCCAACCGUCUGAUCACUACUGACCGGAGUUCUAAGCUCGGUGUUGAUCGUAGAUCUCCUAGGAGUGGUGGACCUCACAGUGAUCCGCUUGGUCAGAAGAAACUCGGGGGUCGAAUAUCGGAUCUAGAGUCGCAGUUAGGACAGGCACAAGAGGAACUGAGAUUGCUCAAAGAGCAGUUGGCUAAUGCUGAAGCUGUCAAGAAACAAGCUCAAGAUGAGCUCCACAAUAACAAAUCUAAGAAACCGAACCCGUUAGCUCGAGUGGAGGGAUGUGCAACUGAGGCUGAUACGAUUGAUAGAGACGAAAUCCCCGGAGAUGCGCAGAAAGAGACUGAUGUGUUUGAGGUUCCUGUUGAGAAGAUUGCGGUAGUAGAAGAAGAAGAUCCGAGAAGCGGAGAUGAAGAAGCUGAGAAAUUGGCUGCAAAAGAAGAUGAGAUCAAGAUGUUGAAAGCUAGGCUGUAUGAUAUGGAGAAAGAACACGAAUCACUAAGCAAAGAAAACGAGAGCUUGAAGAGUCAGUUGAGUGAUUCGGCUUCUGAAAUGUCUAAUGUGAGAGCUAAUGAAGAUGAGAUGGCUUCAAAGGUGGGUCAGAUUGGAGAAGAGUUGGAAGAAAGCAGAGCAAAGACAGCUCAACUCAAGGAGAAGCUUGAGUCCAUGGAAGAAGCAAAAGAAGCUUUAGAGGCUGAGAUGAAGAAGCUUAGGGUUCAAACCGAGCAGUGGAGGAAGGCGGCAGAUGCUGCAGCUGCGGUUCUUGCUGGAGAGUUCGAGAUGAACGGUCGGGAUCAAUCCGGGUCAACUGAGAAGUGUUUUGCAGGUGGGUUGUUUGACCCGACUGCGGUGGUUGGGUUCAUGGAGCCGCCGGGAAUGGCUGAUGAUUCUGAUGAUGGACUGGGAAGUGGGAAGAGGAAGAGUUCUGGGAUGAAGAUGUUUGGUGAGUUGUGGAGGAAGAAAGGGCAGAAGUGAUAUACAGAUCUUGUGGAGUGUGAGUUCAAGAAAUGGUUUGCUCACCAUUUCUGGUUUUUGUUGGGAUGGAUUUUGAUUUAGACUUUUGUAAGUUAGCCGGCUUCAUCAGAAGCUAACUAUCAAUCCAAAUCAAUUGCAGAUUCUCUUGCUUUUGUCUGCAAAAACAAUAUCAUGAACAACUUUUCUGGAAACAUGUAUCAAUUUCACCAACAACUUUCUAGAAACAUGAAUCGUAAUAUCAACUCAAA